GUUUCUAUUUUUAGAAGUACUAAUAAACAUUUAUUUUCAGAACAAAAAUUAUUUUGUUAUUAAAAGUUUUCGAUUGUUUAUGUGUUGACCGGUAAAUAUGGCAUCUAAUGUUUUACAGGUUGAGGUAUUAGAAGAUUAUAUAAACUGUACAAUAUGUUUAAAUGUUAUGACAAAAACUAUAACCACCUCAUGCUGUCAUAGGUUUUGUGAAAAAUGCAUUAAAGAAUGGGUAGACAGGAAUUCCAAGUGUCCAUGUUGUAAUUCAACACUAAACAGCAAACAUCUGUACAGUGAUCGACAGUAUGACAGUCUUAUUGAGUGUAUUGUAAAAGAAAAAGCAAGACUACAGGAAGCAUAUUUUCAGAAGGUUUGUUCUUCAGCAAGUAAUAAUGAGGCAUGUGAUGGAAGUAAUCCAAUUACAGAUAGUUCAUGUAUUGAAAAUGUUUUAAAAAAACAUUUACAAAAGAGUUUAAUAGAACAUGGUAGCUAUUUUCAGUCUUUAAAAACAGAGUUUGAUUUGAAGAAGAAAUCGUAUGAAGCAAAAAUUAGAACAUCCAAAGACGAAUUAAUGUCUAAACAUGCUUGUCAAUCAGACUUGAAGGAAAUAAUUGCCAAGUUGGAGAAAAAUGUUGUGGAGUUACAAAAAGAAUUUGAAAACUGUCAAAAAUUAGUUGCAGAAGCAUAUGAUAGGUAUUUAACAGAACAUAUUCCUAAUCUACAUAUAUUACCUAUAUCUGUAUCUAUAUAUAUAAUAGAUAAAGAUUUACGCUUACCUGAUGUUAUAUUAAAACCUGAUUCAAGAUUAAAUGAGGUUCAAGGUGUAAUUAAGAAAAUCUUAUUAGAACGUCACCAUGAUGAGAUUACCGAAUGGACAGAUGAACCUGUUUAUAUAUUCAGUCCUCUAGCUAAAAGAUCGUUAGGAAGUGUUGAGUAUAAGAAAAUUAUAGAAGAGAUGAAAUGUGGUAAAGAAAUAACAGGUGUAUCUAUAACAAGUUGGACAGAUAGACCUGUAUUAACAUGUCAAAUGAAACCAGGUUCAGAGAUAGUAUUAUAUAAUUGUAUGAAACUAGACAGUGAUUAUCCUGUUUGCUAUAUUCACAAACAUCAACCUGGUUCAUCUAAUACAGUUGAUUAUUAUAAAUGUCAAGAUUGUGGAUUUAAUUGGAUCUGUAAAUCUUGUAUAAAGUUUUGUCACAAAGGUCAUGCUACAUCCGUUCAUGUAUUACAAAAUAAACCAACAUGGGCCUGCUGUUAUUGUCCAAAGAAGAAGAAAUGUCUCAUGGAAUAAGGAAUAAAUUUUUAUCAACAUCAAAACUGAAUACAGAAUUUCUGAUUCAAUUACAACUUGAUCUUAUAAAUUUUACAUGUUUUCAUCUUGGAUCCAGUCAAACUAGAGAGUUGAUAUCUUACUGUAACUUUCUAAGGCCAGUUCUUCAGAAAUAAUAAAAUAUAUUGACCCUUGAAUAUACACAUUUAUACAUAUUAUGUACUGCUUCCUAUAGACUUUUAACUUAUAAUGUGGUGCUCAUUUUCCUGAAAUUAAAUUCUUGAAAUUGUUUACUAAGUCCCUAAAAAUUCUUCAAAGUAUAAAAUUGAUGCUUGAUUUAGUUCUUUUGUUGCCAUACAAGAUUCCUUGGUGAAAAUUAUACAAUUACAACCCAGAUUCAAUCUUACUUACAUAAAAAUGACUUGACCUCUUUAACUUGGAUAAAGAAUUAGUUUAAUGUGUUGAUUUGCUUUGUGAGAUUGGUAUCUGUCUACAUUUAAAAUAUUCUGAAAUUUCUGUUGCAUUGUAGAUAGGUAUUUUGUACCAUCACCAAUCAAUAUAACCCAGUUCUACACUUUAUUUUAACCUAAAUCAAAGAGGUUUCAGAUCUUGUAACUUGAAAUUAAGAUAUAGAUGGUUAUGAUGUACAAGAAAAAGACCACAGUAUCUUCUUUUUUUCACAUUAUAAUUGUUUAAACUGUUUUAUCUGCAUUGCUUAACAGAACUAUGCUCCCAGAAAUAUUACCAAUAAUAUAUUGACUUUUAUUAUAUAAUAUAUGUUAGUAAUGAGUUUUUAAAUAUUUAUUUUGGGAUUUAUUUGUUUGUUAACAAAAAAAACAUUAAAAUAUGAAUAAAAGAAAAUCACUGUUGUUAUUUGUGGCUCAUCACCUAGCUACUUCUUUCCAGAAACAUUAUGAUGUUAUGCAAGAGCUAAACCUUCCCUUUGCAGGUCUUUAUUUUGGCUUCAAAUGUUAUAUAAACUAUUAUUUAGACAUUUAUUUAUAUGACAAACCUAUAAUCAACUCUUUAGACCAUCGAAUGGGUGAGAUAUGAUAAUUUAACGAUAAUCUCAACUUAGCCUCAAUUGUCAAGUACAGUUGCUAGGAUAAUAAUCAAUUUAUGCUUUUAACUUCAAACAGUCAUAACUUCACUCAUAAUAAAGGCAUUUGAAUAAGAUUUUCCAUAUAUUCACUUUUUGUCUACCGCCUUUCAAAGAAAGCAGGGGACUAUUAAAAUGGGUUCGUCUGUCUAUCUGUUGAUGCUUUGGCACAUGAUAACUUUAGUUCUAAUUAAGUGAGAGUGAUGAGACUUGAUGUAUACUUUUAUCACAUCAAUACCUUGACUAAGUUCGAUAAUGAUUAUAUCCUGCUGGGGGUAAGCAGAGCAAUAAGCAAUUUGACUGGUCGAGCCUUUGAAACAAAAUAACUCUCCUUCUAAUUGAGGUAGAAUAUUCACACUUGGUAUGGGUGUUUGUUUGUUAAGGGAAUGCCUUGAUGGAGUUCGAGGAUGAGAAUUUUCUGCUUAGGAUAAGCAGAGAUAAGCAAUUUGAUUGGUUCAUGCUUUGGGACGCGAUAACUUUAGGUCAAAGUGAGAGUGAUGAAACUUGGUGUAUAGUUUUAUCACAUCAAUACCUUGACUAGGUUCGAUAAUGAGUAUUUUCAGCUCAGGGUAAGCAGGGCAUUAAGCAAUUUGACAGGUCGAGAUUUUGGAACACAAUAACUCUCUUUCUAAUUGAGGUAGAAUGUUCAAACUUGGUGUAGGCGUUCAUUAGGUGCAUGCCUUGAUGGAGUUCGGCGAUAAACAUUGUCUGUUUAUGGUAAGCAGAGAUAAGCAAUCUGAUUGGUUGAUGCUUUGAAACACAAUAACUCUCCUUCUAAUUGAGGUAGAAUGUUCAAAUAGUAUAUCAAGGUUGUGGACCCUCUAGAGAUCAUAAUUUUGAUCCGAUUUUAAUAAAACUUGAAAUACUUGUUUAUAACCCAAAGAUCUUGGUUCCUGUCAAAAUUCGCGCAUAUCGGAUUGUAACGUCCUGAAUUAUAUCCCAUGAUUGUACGAAAAAUCACGCUUUUAGUUAGCUUGUGGUCACUCAAGAGGUAAAAAUUUGUAUCCGAUUUAAAAAUACGUUUGAAAUUAUCACCAUUAUUACACCCUAAUGAUGGCUGAGUUCGAAUUUCGUGAAAAUCGGACCCAAAUUGCCAGACAAAAUGGCCGCCCUCGUACGCAAAUAGUGUAAAUGUGUGGUAUAUCAAGAUUGUGGACCCUCUAGGCUAUAGGCCACAAUUUUGAUCCGAUUUUGCUGAAACUUGAAAUAGCUACAUAUUAUUUACAAUCCAACGAUCUUGGUUCCUUUCAAUAUUCGCGCAUAUCGGAUCAUAACUUCCUGGAUUAUGGCCCUUGAUUGUACGAAAAAUCGCGGUUUUAGCUUGUGGUCCCUCUAGAGGUCACAAUUUUUAUUGGAUUGAAUAUUUCACCGUUACACCCUAAUGGCGGCUGAGUUCAAAUUUCGUGAAAAUCGGACCAAAACUGCAGAACAAAACGGCCACCCCACAUACGCAAAUAGUGUAAAUAUGGUAUAUCAAGGUUGUGGACCCUCAAGAAGUCACAAUUUUGAUCCGAUUUUGAUGGAACUUGAAAUAUAUCUUUAUAACCCACAGAUCUUGGUUCCUGUCGAUAUUCACGCAUAUCGGAUUGUAACUUCCUGAAUAAUUAUGGCCCUUGAUUGUACGAAAAAUCGCUUUUUGUUUUGCUUGUUCUCUAUCCGUAUCGUGCCUGGGCAGCCGCUGGUUGAACUAUUAACUAAAUCUUACAUGAUGCAUAUUUAACGAGGGGUUGAACAAUCUUAUUUAAGAAUGUAAAAUAAGCCAAUAUGGUUAAUCUUGGAUUUACCAUCUCUCUAACACCCAAAUUCAGGGAGAGCUUAUGUUCAAUUUUUUAUACUGUUGACAAAUAUUUGAUUCUAAAUACUUGAUUGUGGAAUUAAUCUCUCCAAGAGAUUAAUACAUCCAUAUUGUAACAUGGUCGUAUAUGGUUGUUUCCCAUAUCUGUGCGUUGAUCCUUGUAGACAGUCUUGAGGCUGCGUUUGUACGUUCAUAUGGCUUAGCGUCCGCUUGUACGUAGGGAGAUAUUGCAGACUAAUUUGAGACUACAGUAAUAUGGUCCGAUUGACUUUAAAUUUUACGCAUUGUCUAUGUUCACCAGACAAGAAAUUAGAAUCCCAUUGAUUUUCAACAGUUUCCAAUAAUUACUUGUAUCCGUUUUCACCCUUGAUCAAUAUGAAAAGUCUUGUGGACACUCGAGAGGCUAACAUUACCACCCUAUUGAUUUGAAAUUUGUGCACAAGAGUUGAUUUUGUAAAUUAAUGUGAUCCAAUCGAAUUUUAAUAUUUCAAGUAAUUACUUCACAGGUUAUUACUCUUGAUCAGUUUUUGUCUUGUGAAUGUUCAUAUCACCUACAAAAGAAUAAAUAUAUGUUGCAGCCUUUGUGGACUGUCAGACAACUUAGCAGCUGUGCACUUAUGUGUCAUUGUCUGGCAACCUUUCUUUAACAAAAUUCCAACACUUUGAAUAUCUGCAUUAUUUUACUUCAUUAAAUUCCAAUGUAGUUAUUAUUUAUUAAUGACUAGAUAUUUACUAUUACAUAUCCACAUAUAUAUAUAUAUAUAAAUAUUAUGCAUGAUUUUAAUUAGGGAAAAAUAAUUUAUUAAA